AUGCACUACCAGAUACUGCUAGCUCUCACUGUAUCCCAGUACGAUGGCAAGACCAGUCCAAGGAUUGACUUUGAGGAGUACAGGGGCCAGCUACUAGGAGAAGAACAUGGGGAGAAGGGCCCACAGAUAGGAGGAGCGAUGGGUAAUCAAAUGAGUGUUCCACUGAGAACCGAGGAGCAGGAGAAUGGAUCGGAAGCAGACACGUACAAGGUGAUAUUGGACAGUGAGUGUGUUCAGAACGGGACCCUGGUGAUGGUAUCUACUCACGUGGUUCAGCACUAUGAUGAAGUCGAUCUGGGAAUAAGCAUCCCAAAGGAUAAUGUGGCCACUUCUUCCCCAAAGACAACAGAGCCCAACGCUGUGGCCAGUGCCAGCGGAAAGAAUCUUGGGAAAGAAGCCAGUCCCAAGGCACCAGCUGCUAGAUCGCGUUUUUUCUUGACACUCUCUCGGUCUGUACCAGGACGUCCUGGGGACCAAGGCAUAGAUUCAUCGGCUGCAUCGGGAAGGCUUGAUGUCAGCCCCAGCGCAGAGCCUGUGAACAAAGACCUGAGUGAAUGCAGAGCACUUCCAGGGGCAGCUGCACCCAGGCAGGCUGCAGAUAAAACCACUGGGUGGCCCCAGACCGAGGACCAGGCCCUCCCGACCACCAGCUCACCAGCACCAUCAACACCUGAGCUGGGGGCAGAAGCCCCCUCCCGGCCCAAAGACUUCAGCUUCUUUGACAGAGUCUUUAAACUGGACAAGGGAAGAGAAAAGGCACCUGUUGACAGCCAGCAACAAGAAGUCAAGAGGACAGAGGAUCAGGACAAGGCAGCAGAGGCUCCCAUAGUGCCAGCGACUUCCCAUGGUGUCCCCGAAGGGGAGGUUUCACCUAACAAAACUGAAGCAAAAAAAGAUCCCGAAGACAAGGUAUCCAAAGCAGACUGUGUCUGCGAUGGGCAAGCUGGUCAGAAGUUGGAGACCCAGACGAAGGGCAAGAAGCAGAUCCUGGAUAGCCCCAGGCUAGGACUCACCCUUAGGAAGCUCUUUAGGCAUAAGGGUACUGAAAACUCACCCACUACUUCAGCCAACCUCAAAUCAGACAAAGCCAACUUCACACCCCAGGAGAUCCAAGGAGCAUCCAAGAGCCCUAAAGGCUGCAACCCACCAGGUCACACGCCACCUGCGGCAACCAGUGACACAACAAAGGAAGGUGGCAGAGAGAAGUCGGGGCCUGCCUCACUGCCUCUGGGGAAACUGUUUUGGAAAAAGUCAGUUAAAGAGGAUUCAGUUUCCACAGGUGCGGAGGAGAAUGUGGUGUGUGAGUCACCAGUAGAGACUAAAAACUGUGGGGAAGUAGACUCUGCCUUACAAACAGUGGAUCUCAGUGAAGAAGAUGACCGGCCUGAACCUGCAGAAGUGGAAGUCAAAGAAGAAAGCAAACCUCGGAGUGGGGUCCCUCAGUCGAACCUAGAGUUCACUGAUAUGACUGGUCCAGCCAGCAGCCUCUUCUGGGGUCCCAUCUCCACCUCCCACACGCUGGGAUUACGAAUGGCCAUGUGCCCACCCAGAGUUUACUCAGUGAGAGGGAGUGGAGGGAUCGCCCACUCGGAAGAAAUAAAGGAGAAAGACUCCAGCUGCCAAACGUCCAACUCCACAGAGAAGGGCCCCAGGCCGCCAGAGCCGGAGCCCGCGGGAGCCCAGAAGGGCACCGAGAGCAUCGCGAAGGACAAGAAGGCGGCAGCCGAGACCAGCAGGCGGAAGAGCAAAUCGGAGGCCCGGGAGCCCGCCCUGCCGCCGCCGGCCAUGGAGGCAAACCCGCUGCAGAACGGAGACAAGCCCCCAAAGAGGGCGGAGAAGCGGCGCCAGUCCCUGGGGGGCUUCCUGAAGGGCCUGGGACCAAAGCGGAUGUUGGAUGCUCAAGUGCAAACAGACCCUGUAUCCAUCGGACCAGUUGGAAAAUCCAAGUAAUCAAAUCACUACUGUCCUGACCAGGUUCUCCUCCACCGAGAUGGUCUCUCCUCCCUGCUCCCGCUCCCGUCCAAACACUCCUAUGUAUAUAUUUGCUCUUCUCCUGACCACCCAACAAAAUUCUGCCUACAACCUCAACCCGAACCGUUGUAGAUCGAGGUGUAUUAUUUAUGUCUCUGGUUCAGAUUUCCUGUAAAAAUGGGUUACAGGUUAACUAGUUAAGUCGGGAGAGUUGAUGACUGCCAAGGGUUAGGGAGAGGAGGUAGACAGAGGCAUCUUUGUUAUGAAAAAAUAAGGCAGCAUCCAGUACGUUGCAGAAGAAAAAUGUCUGUGAAGAAAAGAACCCUCAGCUUUGUAGCAAACGUGUGCUCAUCCUCUAAGCUUGAAGGGAGGACGGGAAGAUGCAUUUGUUCUAGUUCGCACUUGACGAAGGAGAGCUCUGGGCGGGCUCUGUGUUGGGCGGCUGCCAACUUCCUGGAAUGGAAUGUAGGGGUAGAAAAAGGGAUGAAUUAAGAGUCGGUUUUCAAAUAGGUCCUUGAAAGUUAUCGGUGAGGGGGAAAUGAUUCGCUGAAGAGGGCUUGAAAUGAUUUGGGAAAACAAUUAUUUUUGAGGCUCAGGGACGAGGGCUUGGAUUACCAACUUCAAAAGGAAAACUACGAGUAAAAUGAGGUAAAUGAAGUUGCAGGUUUAUUUUGCAACGCAAGGGGGCGCCGAGGCCUCCAUUUUCACCCUGCAUCCUUUUACCCCUAACAAAGAUUUGGUCUCUGCAAGCUUACAUUAUUAAUGUCUCUCAGAUGGUCGAGCGGCUUGCUUCAUCUGUUCUGUCUGAUGCCUAUCUCACGUCUGUCUGUAAUUUUCUAAUGUUCUCAGGAUGUGCUCUGAUAAAAACCCUCCCCAUAACCCCAGUUAAUAAAAAUUUACAGAUUAUUCAAAUA